UUUCCGGCCGCCCCGCAACCCCGUUGCGGUGGGUCCGGCCGCGCCAUGAGCAGCUUCGGCGGGAGGAUGCGCGAGUAUCCCCGGCUCUCCAUCGACCGCUUCGACCGCGAGAACCUCCGCGCCAGAGCCUAUUUCCUGUCUCAUUGCCACAAAGAUCACAUGAAAGGCCUGAGAGCUCCUUCCCUAAAAAGAAGACUGGCAUGCAGCUUAAAAGUUCGCUUGUAUUGUUCACCAGUAACAAAGGAGUUGCUGCUAACUAAUCCACGGUAUAAAUUUUGGGAGAAUCACAUUGUUUCCAUUGAAGUUGAAACUCCAACGCAGAUUUCUCUGGUUGAUGAAGCAUCUGGUGAGAAAGAAGAUUUAGUUGUAACACUUCUGCCAGCUGGCCAUUGCCCAGGAUCAGUUAUGUUUCUCUUCCAAGGUGAAAGUGGCACUGUGUUGUACACUGGGGAUUUCAGACUUGCCAAGGGAGAAGUGGCCAGAAUGGAACUUUUGCAUUCGGGGAGCAGAGUGAAAGACAUCCAGAGUGUGUAUUUGGACACUACUUUCUGUGAUCCCAAGUAUUAUCAGAUCCCAAGCAGGGAAGAAUGCAUGAAAGGCAUAUUAGAAUUAGUGCAAAGCUGGAUCUCCCUCAGUCCUUAUCAUGUGGUGUGGCUGAACUGCAAAGCAGCUUAUGGAUAUGAGUAUUUGUUCACAAAUCUCAGCGAGGAGCUUGGAGUUAAGGUGCACGUGAACAAAUUGGAAAUGUUUAAAAACAUGCCAGAAAUCCUCUACCACAUCACCUCCAGUCGGCACACUCAGAUUCAUGCCUGUCGCCAUCCAAGGGAUGAUGAAAUGUUCCGAGGGAACAGGUUGCCUUGUGGUGUGAUUUCUCAGAAUGGAAAGCGGUUGCACAUAAUUAGCGUCAAGCCAUCCACAAUGUGGUUUGGAGAGAGGACAAGGAAAACAAAUGUAAUAGUGAGGACUGGGGAAAGUUCAUACAGAGCUUGCUUUUCUUUCCACUCUUCUUACAGCGAGAUUCAGGAUUUCUUGAGCUACAUUCGCCCAGUGAAUGUGUAUCCCAAUGUAAUUCCAGUAGGUGUGACAGAAGACAAACUUAUGGAAAUUUUAAAGCCAUUAUGUACAUCAUACAACAGAAAUAACGAGCUGAAAUAUAAACCACUUGGAGCACUGAAGAGAACCAAACCCUCAGAAACAACAGACACAGAUGGCGGGAGUGACGAUCUCUUUGAUGCAGAAUUGAUUCCUAUAAGAUACAAGAUUCCAAAACUUCUCCCAGAAAUGACAGCAUCUGAAAAUAAGCCCCUUACUGAGAACCAUCAGGAUGACAGUGACAAAACAAGUUAUAGGGCAACGCCCAUGCCAGCCCCUUUGAAGGUAGAUUUCAUAGAGUGUGAGGAAUCCAACGGUGAGGAUGACGAUGAGGAGGAAGAACUGGAGGGAGACAUGGUUCUAGAUGAACUUCUACCACCUAGUGCAGAGUCCGCCACUGUGCUGCCGAAUCCAGGAUUGGUCUGCUCAGAGCCCACUUGCAAACAAAAUGAGGACUUGGAGGUGCCAAAGUGGGAUGCCUUCUUUAAGCGACGUGUGGAAGACACAGAUACCUCUGAACACGAGGACUAUGCUCCAGCUCCCACAGAUUCUAGUGAGCCUCAGUCCCCCAACCUGUUCAGCGAUAAUGAGGAUUUUAGUGAUUCUACUCACAUCUCCUCCCAAAACUCUUCUCAGUCAACGCACAUAUCGGAACAAGGGAGCCAAGGGUGGGACAGUCAGGCGGAUACUGUGCUCAUUUCCCCACAAGAGCGAAAGACUUUUGAGUUCAGCCCUUUAAAGAGAGGAGCAGAGCGAGCAAUGCUUUACUCAUCUUGUUUCCCUGCUGGGGAAAACCGAACAGACAUGCAGAGUUGCAAGGCUUUGGCUCACACUGCACCUUCUACGAACAGUAUUAAGUCGGAACACCAAGGCAGAGCUCAGGAGGCGAGUGCAGCAGCAGCACCUACUCUGACGCCAAGUGUGCAGGCUGAACCAACUCCGGAGAGGAGCAAACAAGAGAGUUCAGGGCUGCUCAAGCCUGAGGACCAACUAGAGUCUCAGAGCUCUUCUGACUUUGAAAUCCCCUCUACCCCCGAGACAGAGGUUCCUAAACCAGACCAGCUGUGCAGCCUGUACAAGAAGCUGGCAGCAGGGGAAAGUCUACACUGAUGGGAAACAAAAAGAGCUACCAACUUUUUUCUGUCAUGAAUGAAUGAAUGACGUUAUUCCUCAAAUCAUGUAUUUUGACAGUUGACCAUGUGCCAUUUGAAUUUUUGCUUUUGUAACUUCCGAUUUCAAUACUGAAAAUGCAAACUAUUUUUCUGUUUUUAUACGAAGUUGCUUCAUUCACACAGAAAUUGGAAAUCUAAUUGAACCAUUUGCACUCUGAAUUUUAGGUUCUACAAUAAAAGUGAGAUUUGAUA